AUGGAGAAAGGUUUGAUUUCUGAGACAGAUCAUGAGCAUCCAAGAAUCAUCAAACAUACUUAUUCUUUAAAACACCUCGCAGAAACUCCAAGAAUCUUACGGAUCUCUGUCACUGAUCCAUACGCCACCGAUUCAUCAUCCAGCGACGAAGAAGAGAACCACAACAGGACGAGGAAACGACGACGUAUCAAGAGAUACGUCCGGGAAAUAACAUUCGAAACGCCUUUGUAUUCCUCUAAACACCAAAAUGUUUCAAAGAAAAGAGAUUCGACGGAGAAGAAGAAAUUCCGAGGAGUUCGACAACGGCCAUGGGGUAAAUGGGCGGCUGAGAUUCGCGAUCCAAUCCGCGGUGUACGACGCUGGCUUGGAACGUUUAACACGGCGGAGGAAGCUGCCAGAGUUUACGAUAACGCCGCCGUACAGAUACACGGACUAGCCGCUGUUACUAAUUUUGCUGCCGCUUCGAUUCCACCGGAGACACCGUGCGCCGCGGCCUGCAUUCAAUCUCCAAGCACAGUUCUCCAUUCGUCGACUUCCUUGGAUUCAUUAUCAAAUUCACCGACCGGACUAGAAAAUCGUUUUCCCGCUGCGCCAGAGAAGAUUUUUCCGCCAAAUGACUCUGUUUUCCUAGGUGAUGAUUUCAAUUUGUCCGAGAUUUUCGUUGAAGACUGUUUCUCUACUGGCUUUAGUUCAACAUUCGGGUUCUCACAUCGGCACGUGGAGGAUCGUUUUAAUGAUAUCAGUGAUUUGUUUGGCUCGGAUCCUUUUCAAGAUUUUGACCAUUUCUUCGGAUCGGAUUUUACUUAA